CAGAGACAUGUCGAGGUUUGUCUGCACCCUACUUCUGUCUUUACUGCUUGAUGUCCUCGUCGUUUUUGCAACGACAGAUGACCUGAAUGGCGAAGUCAAGAUCGAGGUGCUGUUCAUGCCUCAGGAGUGCACGCAGAAGAGCAAGAGGGGGGAUCUGAUGAACGUUCACUAUGAUGGCUACCUGGCCAAAGAUGGUACCCAGUUCUACUGCAGUCGAUCGGACAAAACAGGACAUCCUCAGUGGUUUGUGCUGGGUGUUGGACAAGUCAUCAAAGGCCUUGAUAUAGGCAUGGCUGACAUGUGUCCUGGAGAGAGACGAAAAAUCACAGUCCCACCUGGCCUAGCGUUUGGAGAAAAUGGCAAAGACCCAGUCCCUCCCAAUGCCACUGUCAUCUUUGAGGUGGAGCUCUUCUCUGUAUCGCGGGGCCCACGCAGCUUGGAGGCAUUCAAGGAAAUAGAUGUGGAUAAAGACAGACGUCUCACAAAGGCUGAGGUGAAACAAUACUUGAAAGCGGAGUUUGAAAAACGCGGGGAACCACGUGAUGAGCCUGUCUACGAGAAGAUUAUGGCGGAUAUAUUCCACAAGAACGACCAUGAUAAAGACGGGCUGAUAUCUCCAAAGGAGUAUAAUAUUUAUGAGCAUGAUGAGCUCUAGUCUCAGAGGGAGAUAGGUGCCCUCUCUUUUUUGUAGUUUGUUUACUUAAUUCAGUCAGAGAGCAAACCUGAAGAAGUGAAGAAAAUAG